AUGCAGAUCCAAGCAAUCGUAUUCCUCUUGGUCGCCACAGUCUCCGCCUGGGUGAGUAUUCUUCAAUGCUUCGAUCAUGACGAACACUUUACCACGAACCCUGCCCAGUUAGCUGAAGGCAGCGAUCCCAACAACCAGUGGGGAUACUGCCCAUCUGCCAAGGGAUGUUGCGCCGAUGGUAAGACGUGGUACGCCUGCAAGAACGUGCGUCGCGUCCUCCUGUAUGUUUGCGAGUGGUGCGCUGACGGUUUCCAGAAAUGUGCAGGUGGUGCUGCCUGCAGUGUCUCUGGGGGCAGGACUUCUUGCUAA